AUGCCCGCCACCCGGGACAAGACUAUCUCAGACCUCCAGGACGUCCCCGGUAACCCAUCUCUCCCAAGAUCUCAGCCUACAAGGACCCCUGCGGGUGAUCGGAUGAUGAUUGGGAAGCAUGAGAGUCUAUACGAAGUGGUAAGGGAAAAAUCUUUCUUCUGCCCAAGUUAUCCAGCACGUUGUGGCAUUCCGUCCCCUUCACGUCUUGCGACACGAAUUAUUCCGAUUUCGAUCAAGGAGACACCUACAAGAACGAGUACACGCUCUGUGCUACGCUGGAUGUCGACAAAAUAUGGGGGCCAGAAGCAAGGACGUUACGAUUGGGAUUCGGCAUGUGAAUACCCAGGAUCACCAAGCCCGAUAGGAAAAAAAUUGGCAGCAGAAGAAGAACGAUGGGAUGCGACCUGGGAUUCCUUUCCUCCCACUUAUCACACUCGCGAGAUCGCAAAGCCCAACACAAAUUCGAAAGAACAAGAACAAAAACCACAGUCGUGUUGGAGCAGCUCGGGAACGAUCCGAGGACCUUCCGCAAAUACAUGUAUUUCAACCACAUCGACGACAUGGUUGAACUUGCAAAGCGGACGCGCUACCACUGCGCCACAACCCCUUUUUGAGUAG